AUGGCCUUUUCGUUCGGGCAACCUUCUACCUCGGCACCCACUACAACCUCGGCGCCGGCGUUUGGCGGCUCAACAUUCAGCUUUGGAGCCAACAACCCAAACACUGCAGGAACGACAGGAGCUGCGGGUACCACCGGGACAGGACUAUUUGGUCAAGCAACAGCUACGCAACCUACCACGGGCACGGGCACGGCCACUGGUACUGGAUUAUUCGGUAACACUGGGACUUCCGGGACGACAGGAACAGCCGGAGGAGGACUUUUCGGUAAUACAAACACAACCACGGCUGGAACUGGCACGACCGGCGGUCUGUUUGGGAACAACACGACUACAGCGACCGCCUCUGCUCCCGCAACUGGUGGGUUAUUCGGCGCAGCGAAUACCAAUACGACCGGGACCACAGGAGGAGGCUUGUUUGGUAACACCAAUCCUGCCGCCGCUGCCCCAGCUUCGGGUGGACUCUUUGCUUCCACUACUACCGCGCCUACUGCUGCAACCGGGGGUGGGCUUUUCGGGAAUACAACAACUACCCAACAACCGUCUGGCGGAUUGUUUGGCUCCACUACCACUGCACCUACCUCGGGCGGUCUUUUCGGUGCCAAACCAGCUGCCCCCUCCUUGUUCGGUCAGCCUGCGGCAAAUCCGCUCGCGCAGUCGACAUUAUCAGCCUCAACACUCGGUCCUCCCCCUGCCCAACCCGCGAAGAAUAACUUGCAGGUCUCGGUGUUUGGAACGCCUGGUUCUGGUGGUUUGACACUUGAACAAAGGAUCGAAGCCAUCUUCCAGGCAUGGAGUCCGGCUUCACCUGAUUGUCGCUUCCAGUACUACUUUUACAACCUGGUUGAAAACCCACAAGCCUAUGGGCGUCCUGCAAACGCUACAAACGAAGCACUAUGGAAACGCGCGAUCAGCGAGAAUCCAAAUCCAGAACGACUAGUCCCGGCCCUGGCAAUAGGUUUCGACGACCUUAAAAAGCGAACCCUCUCGCAACAACAAGAAAACCAAUCUCACAUGGCUGCCCUUGCUCAACUACGCACGCGACUCGCCGCCGUAACAGCAAAACACGACACGACCCGUCUCGCCCGUCUGGCUCAGACCCACACCGAGUUGUCGAGAAGAGUGCGGGCCCUCGCAAGGCAGUUGCACAUGCUUAUCCCAGCCGUGCGCAGGAGCGCGUUGACUCCGAGGAAGAGGAGUGAGGAGAAAGUUGUUGGCGUUGGAGGAAGGGGCUGGGCUCGUGGUAAAGAGGCUGCGGGAGGUAGAGUGGAGUGGGCUGUUGUCGAUGAAGAAGGGCUGGCCAGCAUUGCUCAGAUCCUAAAGGAUCAACAAAACGGGCUAGCGCACGUUACAAAGAUUUUACAGGACGAUUUGCGCGCGCUGAAAAUCAUCAAGAGGGUGUCCCUACGCACAAUUAACUUGCUCGGACUUAUGUAUUGCUUUCUAGACACGUUCUAA